AUGUCUACAACUAAAAAAGCAAAGUCUCCAGCAAAGAAAUGUGGUGUAGUUGAACGAUCUCCAGAAGAGUUAGAAGAAGCUAAACGGAUUGCUGAAGAAAAUGCGUUAAGAGCCAAAGAAGCACAUCGUAAAGUCGUUGAUACGAUUGUAUCAUUAAUCGACACUGUUGGGGAUGCAGAACUAGUGGAAAAGGUUGGUUAAACUUACUUAUAAUUAUUAUUGUUUUAGUUACAUCAUCUUGACGUUGGUUCUUGGGAUGAAGUGGUUGAAGAGAGGUAUUUGGCCAGGUCUUGUGGUUACCCGACGUGCUUUGAGAAAGUGACUGUCAGCAAUUUUAUGGGAAAGAAGUAUUGGAUUCAGAAACGGGAAAAGAAGGUAAAACAAUUGUGUUACAACUUUUUCCAAUCUAAGAAGAAUAAUAAUUCCAGAUUUACACUGCUAUUCCAAAGUCCGAGAAGUUUUGUUCAGGAUUCUGUUUAGCCAAAUCAAACCAUAUUCAAAUGCAGCUUCACGACGAACCAUUAUGGUUGAGUCUGGAUCGAAAACAAAAGGAAUAUCAGCUAGAAUUGCCUCAAAAUCCUUCUUCAGCGCCAAAAUCUAUCGAUGUAAUGUUUUCUACGGAUGCUGACAGAUUACUUAUUACACGAUUAAAUGAACUGAAGAUUGCUGAAAAUGCUCAAUCAGGUAGUGAAAGUGAGGGAGAAGAUGAGGACGAAGAAAAGGCCAAGAAACGGGUAGAAGAUGCUGAGUUUGUCAACGAGAUUCGUUCCUUCGUAUCUUCAGUGUCAAAUAUGUCAAGACAGAAGCAAGCCAAUGUAGCUGGGGCGGGAAAAGUCACUACUGAUAUUAAUAAUCCUAAAGCAGAUGAAAUGAUAGCUAAAAACAAAGAAAAAGACGAAAAUGUUAGUAAAUCAGGCAAGACAAGGGAUAAAAUUCAAGUAAACAAGGACAAAGUGAUCAAGACAUCUACUCGAUUGGAAAAAUUAAUUCAGGUAAUAUAUUUCAGGCCUUAAUUGAUCCAUUUUACGGUGUGUUUUAGUAUAAUUUCAAGACUUUUUUAAAGAAAAUAGCCCGAAACAUUCAGUUUAUGUCUAAAAAUAUUCGCAAAAAGAAAGGAAAGAGAAAAUAAAAAGCAAAGCGAGUGUGCCUCAUUGGCUCAGGGGCAGAGCGUCUGUCUAGUAAACAGAAGGUCGCUGGUUCGAUUCCAGCAUGAGGCAGUUUCUUUUUUGGCCGUUUUUUGUAAAAUUUUAUGUAAUUUUUUUAUUGCCUUCUUGUUUUUAGAUGUCUUUAAGGUUACAAGGGUUUUAUUUUUACUAUAUAUAAUAUUUACAUGUCUUUUAAAUUUUUGAAUAAAAACUUAUUUUUAGGACUUUGCCGAAGCCGAUAAUGUUGCAAAGCAAAAAUCAAAGGCAGAAUCUCCAAAACCAGUAGAAAAACCAUCACAAUCAAGUCCAGUUUCUAAAGCUAAACCAAAGAAGAAGCCGAAACCUUCAGAAGAACCUAUGUCACCUGAAGUUGAGGAAAAGUUGGCAAAACUGAGAGCCAAGUUUGGGAAGAAACCAGAAGUCGCGCUUCGGAAGCCUCCAAUCAUGAUUGAUGCUCCGGAAAUGAAAAAAGAUGCGGCGGCUAAGCUUCCUGAAGAUUGUCGGUGAUUAGAACCAUAAAUUUGGUUUUGAUUAUACUGGCCGUGUAAUGGUAUUGUCUAUGUUGUUAUGAACUCUUUACUUCUUUAUUUAAUCAUUAUUAUGUUGGCAUUGUUGAGCAUGGAAUAAAGUUACUGUAAAUUAGGUUUUUAAGUGAGUUUGAUUUAUUUUUGGGGUUUGAAUGUAUAUUUCAUGCUUAUAUUUGCAUUUUUUAAUAUUUUUUUCAAUUUUUAAAAUUUUUACAAUAAAAUUUAAAAACUUCAAAUUUAUUUUAGGUCUUAUGAGUGAAGUGUCAUUCUUUGUACAUAGAUGUAUUAUAAUAACUGUAACUAUGGCUGUAGCUACCGUAGCAGCGUGUACUGUGUUAGUAUUAUUUGGAAGAGUAAGUUUUGAUAGCUUUUCAGUGAAUAUAUUGAUAUCACUCAAGUUCAUAGUAUUAGGUUGUUCAAAUAAUUCUGUGCUUUGCCGCAAAGAAAAUUUUCGGGGUCAGAGGGCGCAGAAUUAUUUGAACAAUCUAAUAAUUUUUUUUAAUUUUUAAAAAUUGAUGAGAAAAUGUAAAUUUUUAAAUUUUAAAAAUGCUUUUGUAAAAUACGGUCAUUGUUAUUGGUUAAUUCAUCAUAUACUAUGUUUUAGCCCUUCCUCUCCGAUCAAGUAGUGCAAGUAGCUCCAUGGAUGGAGUAUAGUGCUUUAUAUGUGGCAACAUCAUUAGCUGCCAUGUUCAGUAUAUGUUUAAUUGGCAGUGGUGAGUCUGUUUGUAAACGUUUGAAAAAUAUUUAAAAAAUUGGGUUGUUUGACUAAUCCUGUGCUCUCUCAAAAGAAGUGUUCGGUCUCAGAAGGGCACAGAAUCAUUCGAACAAGCUAUAUAUAAUAUUAUAUUAGAUUGUAUAAAAAGUAAUGAGCCAAUGAACUCUAUAUAUUAAAUAGCUAUCCUAAAACCAACAAGAGAUUGUUUUAGUUGUGGUGUAUAUGUUUUACAGCCCAAUAAGGCAUGAUGAUGACCAAAAUGGUUUGGUCAAGAAAAAUAACUAA